UUCACUCCCCUUCCUUCUCCCUCUCCCUUUCUCCGUUCUGGACUUCGCUGCUUCAGAUCUCGCAGCGUAAACGAAGGUCUUCGUUCCUUUACGAUAUUUCCCUCUCAUUCUAUUCCCUCUACCUGGAGCUCUGAUUUGAUCCUAACACCAUGGCAGCAAAUGCUCCCAUCGCCAUGAAAGAGGCCUUAACGUUGCCAAGCAUUGGAAUAAAUUCGCAAUUCAUUACGUUUAAUCACGUGACAAUGGAAUCGGAUAAAUACAUAUGUGUGAGGGAAACAUCACCUCAGAACAGUAUUGUUAUAAUCGAUAUGAAUAUGCCCAUGCAGCCUUUGCGACGGCCCAUUACUGCUGAUUCUGCUUUGAUGAACCCUAAUACUAGGAUUCUUGCCCUCAAAGCUCUAGUUCCGGGGACCACUCAGGAUCAUUUGCAAGUGUUUAACAUAGAAAUGAAGGCAAAGAUAAAAUCACAUCAGAUGACUGAGCAGGUUGUCUUUUGGAAGUGGAUAUCCCCAAAGGUGCUAGGUUUAGUUACUCAUACCUCUGUUUAUCAUUGGUCUAUUGAAGGUGAUAGUCAGCCAAUGAAGAUGUUUGACCGAACAGCUACACUGGCCAAUAAUCAAAUUAUCAAUUAUCGUGCUGAUCCUAGUCAAAAGUGGCUAGUUUUGAUUGGAAUUGCUCCAGGAUCACCUGAGAGACCACAGCUAGUAAAAGGAAACAUGCAACUGUUCUCUGUGGAACAGCAACGUAGUCAGGCCCUUGAAGCACAUGCUGCAUCUUUUGCCACGUUUAGGGUGCCAGGGAAUGAUAAGGACUCAACUCUUAUUACUUUCGCAUCAAAGACUAUCAAUGCAGGACAGGUCACAUCAAAGAUGCAUGUUAUCGAACUUGGUGCUCAGCCAGGCAAACCAUCCUUCACUAAGAAACAAGCGGAUCUGUUCUUCCCUCCAGACUUUGCUGAUGACUUUCCUGUGUCAAUGCAGAUUUCAAAUAAAUAUGGAUUGAUAUAUGCCAUCACAAAGCUUGGACUUCUAUUUGUCUAUGAUUUGGAGACCGCUACGGCAGUUUAUAGAAACCGGAUCAGUCCUGAUCCUAUAUUUUUGACUACAGAAGCAUCAUUAUCAGGGGGCUUUUAUGCCAUCAAUAGACGUGGUCAGGUGUUGCUUGCCACUGUAAAUGAAGCAACCAUUAUACCGUUUGUUAGUGGCCAGUUGAACAAUUUGGAACUUGCUGUUAAUCUUGCAAAAAGAGGAAACCUUCCUGGUGCAGAAGACCUGGUUGUUCAGCGCUUUCAGGAAUUAUUUGCUCAAACCAAGUAUAAGGAAGCUGCAGAGCUUGCUGCAGAAUCUCCACAAGGAAUACUUCGUACUCCUGAAACUGUUGCUAAAUUUCAGAGUGUGCCCGUGCAAGCUGGCCAAACACCACCAUUAUUACAGUACUUUGGAACUCUUUUAACGAGGGGAACGCUCAAUGUUUUUGAAUCCUUGGAGCUGUCAAGGCUUGUGGUAAACCAGAACAAAAAAAAUCUUCUGGAAAAUUGGUUAGCAGAGGACAAACUUGAAUGCAGCGAGGAACUUGGUGACCUUGUGAAGACUGUGGACAAUGAUCUUGCAUUGAAAAUAUAUAUUAAAGCCAGAGCCACACCAAAAGUUGUUGCUGCUUUUGCUGAGAGGAAAGAAUUUGACAAGAUUCUGAUAUAUUCAAAGCAGGUUGGAUAUACACCUGAUUACUUGUUCCUUCUUCAAACAAUUUUACGGGCAGAUCCCCAGGGUGCUGUUAAUUUCGCUUUGAUGAUGUCUCAAAUGGACGGAGGUUGUCCAGUUGACUACAACACAAUAACAGAUCUCUUUCUUCAGAGAAAUUUAAUUCGUGAGGCAACUGCAUUUCUGUUGGAUGUGCUGAAGCCUAAUCUACCUGAACAUGGUCAUCUUCAAACAAAGGUGCUGGAAAUUAAUCUUGUGACAUUUCCAAAUGUUGCUGAUGCCAUCUUGGCCAAUGGCAUGUUCAGUCAUUAUGAUCGCCCACGUAUCGCACAGUUAUGUGAAAAGGCGGGCCUUUUUAUACGUGCUCUUCAGCAUUAUACGGAGUUACCUGACAUCAAACGUGUAAUUGUCAAUACUCAUGCCAUUGAGCCACAGGCUCUAGUUGAGUUCUUUGGGACCCUUUCUAGAGAAUGGGCGCUUGAGUGCAUGAAAGAUCUGCUGCUGGUGAAUCUGAGGGCUAAUCUUCAAAUAAUUGUGCAGACUGCUAAGGAAUAUUCUGAGCAGCUGGGAAUGGAUGCAUGUAUUAGACUCUUUGAGCAAUUCAAGUCUUACGAAGGACUCUACUUUUUCUUGGGUUCAUAUUUGAGCUCCAGUGAAGAUCCCGAUAUUCACUUCAAGUACAUUGAAGCAGCUGCAAAAACUGGACAACUUAAGGAGGUAGAGCGUGUUACUCGAGAAUCAAACUUUUAUGAUCCUGAGAAGACCAUGAACUUCUUAAUGGAAGCCAAGCUUCCAGAUGCACGACCGUUGAUUAAUGUGUGUGAUCGUUUUGGCUUUGUUCCGAGUCUCACCCACUAUCUCUAUACCAACAACAUGCUUCGCUAUAUUGAAGGCUAUGUGCAAAAGGUCAAUCCUGGAAAUGCUCCUCUAGUUGUUGGACAGUUGUUAGAUGAUGAAUGCCCUGAAGAUUUUAUUAAAGGUCUUAUACUCUCAGUACGCUCACUUUUGCCAGUUGAGCCUUUAGUUGAAGAAUGUGAGAAGAGGAAUCGUCUCCGCUUACUUACUCAGUUCUUGGAGCAUCUCGUGAGCGAGGGAAGCCAGGAUGUACAUGUGCAUAAUGCUCUUGGUAAAAUAAUUAUUGACAGCAACAACAAUCCAGAGCAUUUUCUCACUACCAACCCAUAUUAUGAUUCUCGUGUUGUUGGUAAAUAUUGUGAGAAGCGGGAUCCCACCCUUGCUGUUGUUGCUUACCGAAGAGGGCAAUGUGAUGAUGAGCUUGUCAAUGUUACAAACAAGAAUUCCUUGUUUAAACUCCAAGCCAGAUAUGUUGUGGAAAGAAUGGAUGCUGACCUCUGGGAGAAAGUUUUGAAUCCUGAGAAUGAGUAUAGGAGGCAGUUGAUUGAUCAAGUGGUCUCCACUGCUUUGCCUGAAAGCAAGAGUCCUGAUCAAGUUUCAGCUGCAGUUAAAGCUUUUAUGACUGCAGAUCUUCCCCAUGAGUUGAUUGAGCUUCUUGAGAAGAUUGUGCUGCAAAAUUCUGCCUUUAGUGGAAACUUUAACCUGCAAAAUCUGCUCAUCCUUACUGCCAUCAAGGCAGAUCCAUCAAGAGUUAUGGAUUACAUUAACAGGCUGGACAACUUUGAUGGACCUGCAGUAGGAGAAUUGGCAGUUGAAGCACAACUAUACGAAGAGGCAUUUGCCAUCUUCAAGAAAUUUAAUUUGAAUGUUCAGGCUGUUAAUGUUCUGCUAGAUAAUCUUCGAACAAUUGAUCGAGCUGUAGAGUUUGCUUUCCGGGUUGAAGAAGAUGCUGUAUGGAGCCAGGUUGCCAAGGCACAACUAAGAGAAGGUUUUGUGAGUGAUGCAAUUGAGUCGUUUAUCCGUGCAGAUGAUGUCACUUGCUUCUUGGAGGUUAUAAAGGCUGCUGAAGAUGCAAAUGUGUACCAUGACCUGGUAAGGUACCUUCUUAUGGUUAGGCAGAAGACAAAAGAGCCCAAAGUGGAUGGUGAGCUCAUUUAUGCAUAUGCAAAAACUGAUCGGCUUGGAGAAAUCGAGGAGUUUAUAUUGAUGCCAAAUGUUGCUAAUCUUCCAAAUGUUGGAGACCGCUUGUACGAUGAGGCCCUGUAUGAGGCAGCAAAGAUCAUUUUUGCAUUUAUUUCUAAUUGGGCUAAGCUGGCUGUCACAUUGGUGAAGCUUCAACAAUUCCAGGGUGCUGUGGAUGCAGCCAGGAAAGCAAACAGUUCAAAGACAUGGAAGGAAGUUUGCUUUGCUUGUGUUGAUGCUGAAGAAUUCCGCUUGGCUCAGAUUUGUGGUCUCAAUAUCAUCAUUCAGGUCGAUGAUUUGGAAGAGGUUAGUGAGUAUUAUCAGAACAGAGGAUGCUUUAAUGAACUCAUAUCACUAAUGGAAAGUGGUCUAGGAUUGGAACGUGCACAUAUGGGCAUCUUUACUGAGUUGGGAGUUCUAUAUGCAAGAUAUCGUCAUGAGAAGCUUAUGGAGCACAUCAAGUUGUUCUCUACUCGCCUUAAUAUUCCCAAGCUUAUUCGGGCCUGUGAUGAACAGCAGCACUGGAAGGAACUUACAUAUCUGUAUAUCCAAUAUGAUGAGUUUGAUAAUGCUGCAACCACUGUGAUGAAUCACUCUCCAGAAGCAUGGGAUCAUAUGCAAUUUAAAGAUGUCAUAGUUAAAGUUGCAAGUGUGGAGCUCUACUACAAGGCCGUUCACUUUUACUUGCAAGAACAUCCUGAUCUCCUGAACGAUGUUCUUAAUGUGCUUGCCCUUCGUGUUGACCAUACUCGUGUAGUGGAUAUAAUGCGGAAGGCUGGCCACCUCCGAUUAGUGAAGCCAUACAUGGUUGCAGUUCAAAGCAACAAUGUGGCUGCUGUUAACGAAGCUUUGAAUGAAAUUUAUGUUGAGGAGGAGGACUAUGACAGACUUCGGGAAUCAAUAGAUUUGCAUGACAACUUUGAUCAGAUAGGUCUUGCACAGAAGAUUGAGAAGCAUGAGCUUCUUGAGAUGAGGCGUGUUGCAGCUUAUAUUUAUAAGAAGGCGGGAAGAUGGAAGCAGUCCAUUGCUUUGUCAAAGAAAGACAAUCAUUACAAGGACUGUAUGGAAACAUGCUCUCAGUCUGGUGACCGUGAACUUUCAGAGGAGCUGCUAGUCUACUUUAUUGAGCAGGGGAAGAAAGAGUGCUUUGCUUCUUGCCUCUUUGUUUGUUACGAUGUAAUACGGCCAGAUGUUGCACUUGAGCUGGCAUGGAUGAAUAAUAUGAUCGAUUUUGCUUUCCCAUAUCUCUUGCAGUUUAUUCGAGAGUAUGCAAGUAAGGUAGAUGAGCUUAUCAAGCACAAAAUUGAGGCACAAAAUGAGGAGAAGGCUAAGGAGAAGGAGGAGAAAGAAACAAUUGCUCAGCAGAAUAUGUAUGCUCAGUUGCUGCCACUUGCUUUGCCUGCACCACCAAUGCCAGGAAUGGGUGGAGGCUUUACUCCCCCACCCCCACCUGCUAUGGGUGGAAUGGGGAUGCCACCAAUGCCUCCUUUUGGCAUGCCACCAAUGGGCUACUGAUGAUACUGAUGAUCUCUCGAUCAGAGGCAGGACUGAAAUUUUGUCACAAAUUACACUGAAGAAGCUAGGUUGUUUGAAAUCUCUCAUGCAUUGAAGCAGAGUUCCUUAUGAUCGUGAUAAAUGAAUUUUGAUGGGGGCACCAAGCAUCUUCCUCGGCGAUACAAGCUUUGAAUGUUGGUGGCUUUCUGCUUCGAAAAAUUUUGGGUUUUUAUUUCUUAAUUCUUUUGUUUUGAUCAUCUUCCCUUUUGUCAAAGGUUAUUCAGUUUGGUUAUUUUUUGGUUCUGCAGCCUUGGCCUGGACCUGGCUAUGGCAUGUAUAGUUGAUGUCCUUUAAUUAUUGAUUUCCUAGUUAUCAAGUCACUGCAACUACGAUUCAUUAACAUUCUACAAAAUUUGUAGUUUGGUAUAUAAAACUUCAUCUUAUAUU